UACUCUGCAUCGACCUGUAAUUGAACUCCAUUGAUAAUGCAGUGUCAAUUCAUGAUUAUCUUCCUAUUGACACGCAAUAUCGUGUAGUAGAGCUCCUCGAAGCGUCCUUGAGUUUGAGGUCAACUUCCAUCGCCAUUCUCCUAUGAAAAGCUCCGACUUGCUGGAACGAAGAACAGUCGGCAUCGCAGAGCCAUGUCAUGGCGCGACAACCAUGACAGCAAGUGCAGCAAGUGUGUUACUCAUCGACGAAUCGGACAGUAAACUUAAUAUGUGGGGUGGUUUACGGUGCAAUCGAAUCUUCCUAAUAUUGUUCCUGAUUCAUAUAAUAGCAUUUCAAACUUACGUAUAUUAUCAGGAGCAAUGCAAAUGGCAGGAAGUAAAAGAGAAUUUGAUGUCGAUAAUGACAGAAAGGCAGGAAUUGUGGAGCGAGUUGGAGUUGUUAGUGAACAAGGAGCAGGAUGUAUACAAACUCAUAAUAAAGUUGCUGGAAGGGCAGGGUGUGCAUGGAGUUAACAGGACCCAGGAACUCGCAGAUAAGCCCAUAAUCUAUGCUGUUACACCUACUUUUGCUAGGCCUGUACAAAAAGCAGAGUUGACUAGGCUAGCGCAGACAUUCCUACAUAUACCUAACUUCCACUGGAUCCUCGUCGAGGACUCGGUGAAAAAGACGAAACUCGUCACGCAAUUUUUACAAAACAGUGGUUUGAGGUAUACCCACCUCGCUGUGGCAACCCCGCUCAAUUACAAGUUAGGGCGAACCGAUCCGAACUGGAAGAAACCACGUGGCGUCGAGCAACGAAACGCAGCGCUCAACUGGCUUCGAGAUAAUUUGAAAUUAACCGAUAAAGGGAUCGUGUACUUCGCUGACGACGACAAUACGUAUUCGGUGAAGCUGUUUCAUGAGAUGGAGAAGGUUCGGAAGGUCGGCGUGUGGCCGGUCGGUCUGGUCGGUGGUUUAAUGGUGGAGAAACCAAUGUGUGAUAACAUUACUAAUAAGGUAAUCGGUUUCAACGCGGUCUGGAAGCCGGAUCGUCCAUUUCCGUUGGACAUGGCUGGAUUCGCCAUCAAUCUGCGUCUUUUACUGGAGAACAAAGACGCGUUGUUUUCCUAUGAAGUUGAAGGUGGUUAUCAGGAGAGCGAGAUCCUGAGACAGAUCGUCACUAGGGACGAACUGGAGCCGCUAGCGGAUCAUUGCACAAAGGUGUACGUCUGGCACACGCGCACAGAGCCACCGCAACUAAGCGUAGAACAGCUUUUGAUAAAGAAAGGUAAACGCUCAAACAUAGGUAUCGAAGUGUGAUAGCAACAUCAAGCUUGACUAAAAGUUGGACUACUGCGUUUUGCGAUCACGAAAGCUCGUGGUGGCGUAGACAAAUGUCAUCAUAACUGUCUGAAAAUGAGCGGAAAAUAGCGAAUUUUAUAUACGCUUUAUAUCAUUCGUACUUGGCCAUGUACCUACUCUUCAUUGUGGUAAAAUGCAGUGCCAUAACGCGUAGUCGCUUAUAGCGUAUGUUCGACGAAAAUACGGGUCUGAUAUUGGUUGAUUUCGGGGUUAAACAAACGCGUUGACAUUACACGUACCAUGGAUCGGUACUAUUACGGGUUUACUCCUAAUCAACCCCCACGAAUCUCUCUAAUUAAGCGCUUUUUUUUUUACUUUCUAUAUUUCAGAUACUAUGAGAUCUUUCUUUAUACGAUAAUAAAACUUGCGAAUGUAUUUUUUAGUAAACUUGGAACGAUAACGAACGUUUAAAGAAAUAAAGUUAUUUAUAGAACGAACGAAA